GGAGGCGGAGGCGGAGGCGGAGGCAGAGGCGGGGCUGGGGGAGGCAGAGUCGGAGGCAGCCUCAGCUUAGGAUGCGGUGAGAGAAAAGUUCUCAGAGCCUGAGCUGGAGCCAGAGCGAGGAGCGCAGGCAGAAGAAGAGGGAGAGGAGGAGGUGGAGAGAGCAGGCAAAGCCGCCGGCCGCGGGCAUCAGCGAGCAGCGGGCAGUGGCAGUGGCAGCAGCGGACAGCGACAGAGAAGGUGGUAAGGGCGCUCGGGCAGCUCCUGGCGUCUAGUUCCAGAGACAGACUGCGCUCAGUGCGUCCUGCUCCGGGCGUCCGGCGGGCCAUGGCGCGGGGCCCCGCAGACUACUGAGAGUGGCUGUCUGGAGCCCCCCGCAGGGGCGCGCAGCAGCGAUGCAGCGCCCGGACGGGGCUGCGGGCUGGGGCAGCGCCCGUAGGAGAGAAGCUGCGGCAGCAGCGAGAAGCUUGUGAGCCCUAGAUAACCGGAACCCCCACGGGAUCGAAACCGGAGCCGAAGCCGGAGCCGAGGGCCACAGCCUGCGUCUUCACCAUGGGCACCGAGGGGGCGGCCCCUGGUCCUGGCGGCCAGCUGUGCGGGGCGCUCAGCCUGGUACUCGGAGCGCUGCUUUACAAAGUGAUAGAGGGCCGAGGGGUCACGGACAACGGACCAAGAUUUUCCUCAUUACCGACAUAUCUACCGGUGAACUAUCAUAUCCUCAGUGCUGAGACUUCAUUUUUCCUCAAAGAAACGCACCAGGAUUUCAUGAGGAACUCCAGUUUGCAGUCCAGAGUGGAGUCAUUCUUUACAUACAAAGCCAAGAAGCCUCCUGUGUUGAAUGCUAGCUAUGGGCCUUUUUCUGUAGAAAAAGUUGUGCCCCAAGAACUAAUGAUGACUUCAAAUUUUUUAGGAUCUAAUGACAAGUUUACCUUUAACUGGAAACUCAAAACAUACAUCAUGAGUGAGAAGAUCUACUUGAAUCGACCCAAAGUGCAAAUCCUCUUCUACAUCGUGGGUCGAGACUGGGAUGACUAUAGCACUGGAGAGAGACUCCCUUGUCUUCGAGUAUUUGCCUUCAAGGAAACCAGAGAGGUGAGAGGCAGCUGCCGCCUGGAGGGUGACCUUGGAUUGUGUGUUGCAGAGUUGGAGCUCUUGUCCAGUUGGUUCAACCCUCCCACAGUGGCUGCUGGGAGGAAAAAGUCCGCCAGUCAGUUGGAAGGGAGCCCUGUGGAACUCUACUACACCAUUCAACCAGGAGAUGAGAAAGGAGAGUGUACAACUGGGGAUGUCAGGAAAGGCAAUGCCAUCCGGCCAGGGAAGGAUGGACUCGAUGAAACCAUGUCUCACCUGCAAAGGAUUGGUACUGUUGGCCUUUAUCAGUUCCAGGAGAAUUUUCAGCUUAGUGAGUUACGGUUGGACAGCAAUGUUGUCAUCUGGCUGCCAUCGAAGCCAGUCAAACAAGGAGAGGUGGUCAACGCCUAUGUGACAGUUGCCAAUAAUUCCACCAUUGACCUCUUCAUCUUGAGGGCCAAGGUGAAGAAAGGUGUGAACAUUCUUAGCAUCAAGACCAGUGAGCCUCUGCAAUGGGAUGUCAAGCAAGAAAUGGGGAAUGGUGGGAAGCAUUCCACCACCACGGUAAUAUGCCAACGAAUAGUGUCCAGUUCAAGGAACAGGAGCAGUAGUUUAUUCAGUGAGGUGGUACAGAUGAACUUUGAAAUAGCAAGUUUCAGCAGCCUCUCGGGGACCCAACCCAUCACUUGGCAAGUAGAGUAUCCCCGCAAGGGAACCACAGACAUCGCCAUCUCCGAAAUUUUCAUCAGCCAGAAGGACCUUGUAGGCAUCGUUCCCUUGGCCAUGGAUACAGAAAUUCUGAAUACGGCCAUCCUCACUGGGAAGACAGUAGCAGUGCCCAUCCGAGUGGUCUCCAUAGAAGAGAACAGCGCCGUGACGGAUAUUUCAGAGUCAGUGGAGUGUAAGUCCUCUGAUGAAGAUGUCAUCAAGGUGUCAGACCGAUGUGACUACGUUUUCGUCAAUGGCAAAGAGAUCAAAGGGAAGGUGGAUGCCCUUGUGAAUUUCACCUAUCAGUAUCUGAGUGCCCCUCUGCACAUCACUGUGUGGGUGCCCCGUCUGCCUCUGCAAAUCGAUAUCUCAGACACAGAACUGAGCCAAGUCAAGGCCUGGAGAGUGCCCAUCGUUUCCAAUAAGAGACCCACAAGAGACAGUGAUGAUGAAGAUGAUGAAGAGAGAAGAGGUAGAGGCUGUGCCCUCCAAUAUCAACAUGCAAUGGUUCGGGUCCUCACCCAGUUUGUGUCUGAGGACUCAAAUCCCUGGGGCCAACUGAAAUAUUUACUGAGUCCCGACUGGCAAUUUGACAUCACUGACCUGGUAACUGACUUCAUGAAAUUAGAAGAACCCCACAUUGCCAAACUGCAGGAAGGGCGAAUUUUGAUUGGGAGAGAAGUUGGCAUGACAACAAUACAGGUUCUGUCACCCCUCUCCGAUUCCAUCCUGGCUGAGAAGACCGUGACAGUCUUGGAUGACAAGGUGGCCGUGACGGACCUCGGUGUCCAGCUGGUGGCAGGGCUGUCGGUCUUCCUCCAGCCCAGCUCUGAAAUUAACAAGGCAAUCACCGCUACAGCCAUGGCCGAGGAGCUGCUGCAUACCCCCAAGCAGGAAGCUGUGGUCAGCAUGUGGAUCCAGUUCAAUGAUGGCUCGGUGACACCACUGGAUAUUUAUGACCCCAAGGAUUUCUCUCUCUCAGCCACAUCACUGGAUGAGACCAUCGUGUCCGUGCACCAGGGCCAUGAGUUGAGAUGGCCCCUCAUAGUGGCUGAAGGGGAAGGACAAGGGCAGAUUGUCAAAGUCGACAUGAUGAUCUCAGAGGCCUGUCAGAAGUCUAAGCGGAAGAGUGUGUUGGCCAUGGGCGUUGGCAAUAUCAAAGUCAAAUUCGGGCAGAACGAUGCCAUCUCUAACCUUGGAGGAGAUUACGAUGGGGAUGAGAUAGAGAACCAUGCCAGUGACCGUCGACAGAAGGGGCCAGACCAGGAGCGGUAUGGCCAAGACGGACGAUACUUUGGAGGUUCUUCCAUUGAUAGAGAGGAGGGCGUUCUCCGUAAAGUCACCACCACAGUCAAAUCAAUGAUCAACAAUAAAGUGGUGAAAAAUAGUAAGUUGGAUGGCGGCAGACUAUCUGGUGAUGGACAACUCCAGAACAUCCCCAUUGACUUCACCAAUUUCCCUGCCCAAGUUGACCUCCCAAAGAGCAGUGGCGGGCUGGAUGAGAAUGACCUGGUACAAACUGCCAGGGGUUUAAGUGACCUCGAGAUCGGGAUGUAUGCACUCUUGGGGGUCUUCUGUUUGGCCAUCCUUGUCUUCCUCAUCAAUUGUGCCACAUUUGCCCUGAAAUACCGUCAUAAGCAAGUGCCAGUAGAAGGCCAGGCCACCAUGACGCACUCUCAUGACUGGGUCUGGCUGGGCAAUGAGGCUGAACUAUUGGAGAAUUCUGGGGAUGCUUCUCCCCAGCAAGAUGAGCACACCACAAUUAUAGACCGGGGACUCAGCUAUGAAGAAAGCAACCACCUCCUCCUGAAUGGUAACACCCAGAAGAGUGUUCAGAGUCAGAUUCACAGAUCGGCUGACUUAGGGGGGAAGCAAGAGAAAGAACAAAAACCUGACCCUCUGCACUCCCCCACUUCCAAAAGGAAGCGGGUAAAAUUCACCACCUUCACAACAAUACCUCCAGAUGAUAGCUGCCCCACCGUCAAUUCCAUUCUCAGUAGCAACGAUGAUGACAUCAAAUGGGUGUGCCAGGACAUGGAUCUGGGUGACUCUAAAGAACUAAGAAACUAUUUGGAGAAAUUCAAAGACAAAGUGUAGGGUCCUCUGGCUGAAGGGCCCACCACACCUUGAUGCCUUCAGUUCUAUAUUAUAUAUUGGUACCGACAAUGAAGCUAGAGUGGGGUAGGGGUUGAGGAGGGGGUGGGAGAAGUGGGGAGGGGGGAGGAAGGGGAAUCCACCACAAACAAUAUUGCAGAUUCUGUAGCUUGGGAAAGGCAGUUUGCUAUAUGUUUUUUCAGCAGACGGUGAUUGCGAUUUUGGGGCAAUCUGAAGACUAAACAAUUGAGAAAGCAAUGGACUAGUCAAGGUGAUGAACUGGGCAAGGUGAGGGCAUAUGAAGAUUAUUUUAUGAGUAAAAAAAAAAUACAGACAAGUUACCAAAAAUCAUUUGUUAAAAAAAGCAAAAAGACAAAUAAAAAGACAUAAACAAUAAUCUGUUUAUAUUUCUAAUAAAGCAGCAAAAUAUAAAAAUAGGGUCUGCUAAGAGACAUUGUACAUUUUAACUCUGCUUUUCUUCUUCUGAAGACAGCCUGCGGUACUGAGAAUGGAGGUCCGAAGAAGGCUUCCAUCUAUUUUAGUUGUCUCUUCUGAUGGAAUUGAGAACGCUUUCUGAAUCUCUCCUCGGAAUUGGAUUUUCCCCUCUUUUUUCCUUUCUUCCUUUAUCGCCUUCCUUCCUUCACUUCUUUUUUUUCCCCUUUUGAUUCGUCUUCAGUGCUCAUUUCUAAGAAUUGAGGUGGAUUUGUUUUGCAAAAUGAACUGUAAAUUACAUUCCUCCUUGAUGGAUGAGCUCCUCUAUGUAGUCUAAACUAAGCCCUCCUGUGGAAUCUGAUUACAUCAUUUCUGGGUAGUAACAGCCUUGUUGAUAGGUGUUUGUAUCCUCCAAUCAGAGCUCCUGUGUUCCUCCAGGGGCAGGAGAUGUCAUUGACCACCAGCUGAUAGAGAUGGUCACUGUGCAUGCUCCCUCAAGCAGGAUGGCGGGGAAUAGCCAUAACCAGUAAGACUAGCCCAACCCUCUAAGUGGUCACAGGGCUGCCAGUGGGGGAGUUUUACAAUUUUCCCCAACCAUAUAUGGACUAUGGGAAGGGGUGAGGGAGAGACUUCAGUUGUCAUCACUGGCAAUGAAAUGAAUUGGAAUGCCCAGGAAUUAGAGUAGACGUUCCAAAUCUUCCUCUAUACCCCAGGAGAAGGGGGCAGGUGCUAGAGAUACUAGGUAAAAGCUAUCAACGGAAUAAGGAAAAAACUGGGAUAUUUAAAUUGUUUUCUUUGGUUUUUCUUCUUUUUUCUUUUCUUUUCUUUUCUUUUUUUGGUACCAGCACAAACUGAAAAAAAAAAAAUCUAUGUUAGAUUGUUGAUCAACUGUGUUUUUUAACAGCACAUUGUAUCUAGCAGCACAUUGCAAAGAUGCCUUCAUCCAAAGUACAGUAUUGCUGGUGUUUCUAGAAGACUGACCAGUAGUGAACAAACCCUUUUCUAAUUCCAAAACACCUACGUCCUCCUGGGCAGCCCGUUCUGGGAGAAGAGGGGGCUUGUCUUGCUGGUGAACAGGGAGUCGGUCUUCAGCAUAUGAACAUUCCCCCAAGACAACUAUUGGCACUGGUACUUUUUAAUUGCUAAAAAUCAGUAGCGUCGAUGAGAACGGGCCUUGGUCCCCCAGUCAGGUCCUUUAACAAGAUCCUCCUAGAAUGCAUUGUAGACUGGAAGAAUGUCAUAUUUAUUUAUACAUGUGAUACAAACUGUAAUUAAAAUGCUUUCCAUGGCUUGACAAGGUAA